GUAGCCUGUGCGCAUGCACAGUUUGGGCACUCAGACCCCUUCAGACGUUCGUGGUGGAGCGAGAGGUUCUCGGGAGGAGGGAUGUGCAAAGUCCCUGCUCUGGCUUCUACCCCCAAUUCCACUUCGCAGGACAGCGGCGGGCUAGUCCGUCCUGCGCGCGAUUCUGGAAGUUGGCCCCUUGCUCCUCCCUGGGGUGGGGCUCCCGCUUCGCCCUCCGACUUAAGCCGAGGCCUGCUGGCCCCGUACUUGAGUGCGGAGCUGAAUUCUGGCCACUUUGUCUUCUCCGCAGCCUGCGCUCAUUGCCAAGGGGACAAUGACGGCCUCCUGUGUCCUCCUGCACACUGGACAGAAGAUGCCUCUGAUUGGGCUGGGGACAUGGAAGAGUGAGCCUGGCCAGGUAAAAGCAGCCAUUAAAUACGCGCUUAGUGUAGGCUACCGCCAUAUUGAUUGUGCUGCUGUCUAUGGCAACGAGACUGAGAUUGGAGAGGCCCUGAAAGAGAAUGUAGGACCAGGCAAGGCAGUGCCUCGAGAGGAGCUGUUUGUGACAUCCAAGCUGUGGAAUACUAAGCACCACCCUGAGGAUGUAGAGGCUGCCCUCCGGAAGACACUGGCUGAUCUCCAGCUGGAGUAUCUGGACCUCUAUUUGAUGCACUGGCCUUAUGCCUUUGAGCGGGGAGACAAUCCCUUUCCCAAGAAUGCCGAUGGAACAGUCCGAUAUGAGUCCACCCACUAUAAGGAAACCUGGAAGGCUCUGGAGGCUCUGGUGGCAAAGGGAUUGGUGAGAGCCCUCGGCUUGUCCAACUUCAGCAGUCGGCAGAUUGACGAUGUCCUCAGUGUGGCCUCUGUGCGCCCAGCCGUCUUGCAGGUGGAAUGCCAUCCAUACCUGGCUCAAAGUGAGCUCAUUGCCCACUGUCAAGCUCGAGGCUUGGAAGUAACUGCUUAUAGCCCCUUGGGUUCAUCUGACCGUGCUUGGCGCCAUCCCGAUGAGCCAGUCCUGCUUGAGGAACCAGUGGUCUUGGCACUAGCUGAAAAACAUGGCCGAUCUCCAGCUCAAAUCUUGCUCAGAUGGCAGGUUCAGCGGAAAGUAAUCUGCAUUCCCAAAAGCAUCACUCCUUCGCGUAUCCUUCAGAACAUUCAGGUGUUUGAUUUCACCUUUAGCCCAGAGGAAAUGAAGCAAUUAGAUGCUCUAAACAAAAAUUGGCGGUAUAUCGUGCCCAUGAUUACGGCAUUCUCCAUUCUCCAUUCUCUUGCCUCAGCCUACCAAGUUCUGGGCUACACCAAGCUCUGCUCCAAUGAUCUUGUUCUCUUGAAGUUGGAGAAAAGUAGUAUGGCUCAGGUGUAAUGUAUAUAACCUGUCGAUGGAAAGAGGGUCCCCAGAGAUGCUGGACACCCUCUGUAUCCCUUUAAUGACCCAUACUGAGGCCAUAGUUUCUCAGCCUCCCUUUCAGCUCUCCUGCGAAGUGUUGCCUGCUACACCUGCGAAAGAUAAAGUCAAUAAAGCUAUUGAAGUAUA